AUGGCGGAUACUACGGACCCUGUGGGUUCUCAGCGUCGUGAGACAUCGGAUGCGCUACGGCGAGGUUCAGGGAGUUUAGACGGGGCGACUAUCGUGAAUCAACCGCGACUAUUAGCAGCUGGGGAUGCAAGCUCGGCGAAUGAUGGCUCUAUCUACGCGAACAGCCACCAUAAUUCCAACCCUGAGGCGCCGAAGGACGCCGGCCUUUGGCCUCAGCCAAACACAACCACAGGCUUGAGAAGCCAGAUCUCGCAGAUUUCAGCCUCCGGGCGCCAGAAGCAAUCGCCGGGGCCUUCAGCGUCGCUUUCACGGCAUGAUACGCAGGAUCAAUCGCCUAUCGACCCUUUAUCACAGCAUAUAUUGAAACGAACCAAUACGGAAAGAUCGUUUUCCUCUAGGGUCAGACCGAGGCUCUCCUUUGAAGCAGAGCCAGUGGCCUCAGAGAGCCAUUUACCAUCUCUAUCCGAAGACGCACCGCCCGCCAAUAGGCCCGACGCCGGCACCAGCCAGGCACCAGCAAAAGACAAGAAGAAGGGAGUUUCUUUUCUAAGUCGGAUAAUUGGAGGGAAGAAGAAGGGAUCCGUUUCAGAGCCGAACGAUGAUACAUCAGAGCUUGGUGAGCCACGGACUACUGGCUUAGAUAGUGAGCUCUUCGCACACCCAGUAGGGUAUAUACCGCGAUACCCUCCUCCGCCAAAAUAUAUUAAAGUCCGGUCAAAGCACACAAAGACAAGGGCAUUUGACAGAUUGUUUCUUGCCCAAGAACUCAGGGGAAGCCCAGCAGAGGCCGAACUGGAUUCAGCUGAAUUCGAAACGAGUGCAAAGGGGAACAAGGCAGUGUGGGCCGCAGAAUUCUCUAAGAAUGGAAGAUACCUGGCAGUUGCUGGACAAGACAAGCGGGUUCGAGUAUGGGCUAUCAUUUCAAAGGCUGAGGACAGGCAUGCGCACGAAAGCGAGGAAGAAGCACGGAAUGGCCAAACGGCUGUGAGACUAAGUGCCCCGGUCUUCAAAACGCACCCCAUUCGGUUGUACGAAGGCCAUACUGCGAGUAUUGUUGACUUAAGCUGGAGUAAGAAUGAUUUCUUGCUCACUACCUCUAUGGACAAAACCGUGCGCCUUUGGCAUGUUACACGAGAUGAAUGUCUAUGUUGUUUUAAACACGCAGAUUUCGUCACAUCUAUUGAGUUCCACCCCCGUGAUGAUCGCUUUUUCCUAGCAGGCUCUUUAGAUUGCAAGCUACGGUUAUGGAGCAUUCCUGACAAGGCCGUUGCCUAUAGCGUGACUAUCCCUGAUAUGAUUACUGCUGUAGCCUUCACUCCUGAUGGAAAAUACUCUUUGGCAGGGUGUCUCAACGGACUUUGUGCAAUCUACGAGACUGAUGGACUGAAGCCGUUAUCACAACUCCACGUUCGAUCUGCUCGUGGAAAGAAUGCCAAAGGAAGCAAAAUCACUGGAAUAGACACCAUUGUUCAACCACCUACCAACGAAAAUGGCCCUGUGAAGCUCCUUAUUACCAGCAACGACUCACGAAUCCGUCUUUAUAACUUUAAAGACAGGACAUUGGAAGCCAAGUUUCGUGGGAACGAGAAUGCUUCCAGCCAGAUUCGCGCUAGUUUCAGCAGUGACGGGAAGUAUGCCAUCUGCGGAAGUGAAGAUGGUCGGGUUUACAUUUGGCCCUUGAAUUCAACGGAGAAAUACCCUGACAAGCGACCGGUUGAAUUUUUCGACGCCCACAGCUCAACCGUGACUACCGCGAUUAUGGCACCCACUGUUAGCAAAACCGUAUUAGGGUCUACUGGGGACUUAUUAUAUGACCUAUGUAACCCCCCUCCCGUUACCUUGGUCAGCGCUACAGCGUCAGUUAUCUCGAAGGACCAGCCACGGAACGACGAGGAGCCUGUACCACCACAGACAACGCAAUCGCUUCAACCUCCUAGCCAGCAAAAAGUAGAAGAAUCCCCAGCAUACGUUGCACGAUCUGCCCAUCCUGGUGGUAACAUCAUUGUGACUGCUGAUUACCAUGGUAGGAUCAAGAUAUUUCGACAGGAUUGUGGCUAUCACAAACGCCGGCACGAUCAAUGGGAGACGAAUUCGACCUUCUCUAGAAAACUCCUAGGUCGCACGAACUCGGUAUCUACACGGCACAGUAUAGCAUCUUCGAUUGGGAGGGAGUCAAAAACUCCCUCGGAGCGCAUCUUGUCGUGGCGUAACUCUGUAGUUGGCGGCCCUGACAAUCGCAGCGUCGAUAACCUUCGUGGAACACCUGAAUCCGCCGGACGUAGUGGUUCUCCUUCCAAGCCACGUAAGGAAUCCCCUGCCGUGGACACAUCUAAGCCCGCCACACCCAAUUCAACAGGCUCACAACGAUUUGGUGGUACAGCGUUUCUCCCCUCGAACAACCAGCCCAUACAACCUCCUAGAUUGCUCAGCACCAUUAACUCCGAGGAAUCUACCCCCUUUGGCCCUAAUGAUGAAACUCCUCGACCCUUUGGGUUUAACUUGAACAAGGAAGACCCGAGCUAUAUAUCAUGGAAGAAGACGCCAGCGGAUACACAGCCCAACUCUAUGCAUGAGGGGUACAACAGCACAGGUGCAUUGACGAGUAAUGGCAUUACAAGUGAUGAUGAUGUCGAGUAUGAAGAAGAAUUGGGGUGUUCUCAGUGCCAGGGCACGAAUUUUAGAGCCACCCGGCUUAAAAAUGGGGAACAGAGGUUGAUAUGCACACGAUGUGGCUGCGCUGCAUUACAACCCUCCUAA